AUGGCACCCUCUCGUAUUGACGCCGAGUUCGCUACCGGUACGACGUCCAAGUCUCAAUUUCAAAACACCAAUGACCAAAAAAUACAUUAUGGCGACUGGCGUGAUGAUUUCUUCAGGGAUGGAUAUGUAAUCAUUAAAGGCGUCUUGCCCAAAGACCGGGCGCGCCAAUACCAGAGUGAAGCGCUUACCUGGCUGGAGUCAUUUGGGAUAGGGUUUGACCGCAAUGACAUAACAACCUGGAAGAAAGAGAACGUUCCUCAGAGCUUUAAAGGCGGAAUGUACCUUCACUUUUCUGCAGCUCAUGAAAAGUAUGUUUGGGAUGUCAGGUGCGAACCUGGAGUCAUAGAGCCGUUUGCAAAACUAUGGGGAACCGACGAGCUUGUCGUAUCUUUUGACACCGUAAAUGUCACACUCCCACAGUCGAUAGUUGGUACAUAUGACUCCAAGCCCUGGCCACAUGUUGACCAAGCCCCUGAGCGACGAGGUCUACGCUGUGUUCAGGGCAUCGUCAACCUAUCCGAGUCUGGUCCUAACGACGGUGGACUGGUCGUAAUGAAAGGCUCAUCGCCUCUCUUCGAGCAAUUUUUCGACGAGAACCCAGUCACCGGCCCAACGCCCUGGCGAACUGCAAAGCACAAGGACUUCCACCCCUUCCACGACAAAGAUCUAGACUGGUACCGUGCACGCGGGUGUGAGUUGAUCAAAGUAUGUGCUGAGCCGGGGGAUUUGAUUCUGUGGGAUUCACGACAGAUGCACUGGGCUCAAUUCGGCGAGUCGGACUUGAUACGCACUAUUGUCUACGCGACGUACACGCCUGCUACGUGGAUGUCCGAGGAGGAUCGAGCCCUAAAGAAGGAUCUCUUCAAAAAUUACGAAACUACGACCCAUUGGCCGCAUACUAAUCUUUUCACUCAUGGUAAAGCCAUGAUAACAGUGGAUGGGAAAGAAAUUCCCGAUCCUUUGGAAAGAGGUGAACCGAUCACUAAGCCGGAGCGGAGCGAGAAACUAUUGAAACUGGCGGGGGCAAUGAAGUAUUAG